CUUGAUUCCUUUUCGGAUCCGAGCUCGAUCGAUCGCCCGCCCGCCCGACACAAUUGUCAUCUUCGUCAUCCCACAACUACACCACCUCCUCCCCUCUCCACUCAUCCGCCAUCACCAUGCUCCGCAACGUUAUCAGGGCAGCUGCUGUGCCAAGGGGUAAGGGAUCAACUCCCUGCAUGCUACUCAUACACAUCCGGAACCUGGGACACAUAUGUUUAUGCAUUCGGAUCCGAAUCACGACACCCAUCAACACAUGGACAUGGGCGCCGACAAUACGAUGUAUAUUACUGGAACGUGGAACUAGCGACUACUCUUAAAGAUAUACUUUCAAUAAUCUUACUUGGACUAGCCACCAGUAUUUGGAGCGGCAGCAUAUAUGAUCCGCGUCCUUUUCACUCGCAUGUCACAAAUACGCUAACCGACUCUGCCACUCCGUCUCCCGCAACUGUAUCGACUUCUUUUUAUUUUUUUAGUCCAGACACGCGUCUUUACUCCCGCCAUGGCUCGUUCCUUCCAUGUCUCCUCUAGGUUUCAGGCCCAGAAUACAAACGAUUACCGCGCUAAUCGCGAAAAGUUCCCUGAGGACGAUUCGUCGACCCGCUUCAUCCCCGGACAGGGACCUUCGACCCUGGACAAGGCCUCACAAUCAUUGCUCUUGACCGAGCUGGUCCGUGGCAUGUGGGUUGUCUUGGAGUCUUUCUUCAGACCGCCUUACACACUUAUGUAUCCGUUCGAGAAGGGCGCCCUGUCCCCACGUUUCCGAGGCGAGCACGCAUUGAGACGUUAUCCUUCAGGAGAGGAGCGCUGCAUUGCCUGCAAGCUUUGUGAGGCCAUCUGCCCUGCUCAGGCCAUUACUAUCGAGGCUGAGCCUCGUGAGGACGGAUCUCGCCGCACGACGCGUUACGAUAUCGACAUGACCAAGUGCAUCUACUGCGGUUUCUGUCAAGAGGCCUGCCCUGUCGAUGCAAUCGUGGAGGGACCCAAUUACGAGUAUGCGACGGAAACACACGAGGAGCUUUUGUACAACAAGGAAAAGCUGUUGGCGAACGGUGACAAGUGGGAGGUCGAGUUGGCGCGUAACCUCGAGGCUGACCACCUUUACCGUUAAGAAACAAGUAAACCAAUCAAGAAAAAAAAAACGAAUGUACGCACUAUUAGAAUUGUUUUGUUAUUGUUCCCUCAUUUCUUCGUUUCUUUUCUUUCUCUCUCUCUCCUCUUUGACACGAAAUCCCCCAUGACACCCCAGAAUAAAGAUAUUGGUUGCAGCUGUUCAAGCAGAGCAACAUAGCAAGACGAACAGCACUAGUCUACUGGACAGCAUUGAAACCGGCAAGGUUGUUACAUAUCAAUGGGAUGUCGAUUAGACUAGACAGGUCAGGGUUGACAAGGUGUGACAGAUGCCAUAGAUCAUCAUAUUUGGAUUAUUAAAUUGAAGCUGCAUGGUAACCAGCC